GAAGACUCGAUCCUUUCCUUGGGUGAGGCUACCGUUCUCGUCUCCUUUUAGGGUCACUUUUAUCACUGGAAACAGGCUUUCCUAAAAGCAGACAUCUAGAGCAAAGGAAGAGGCCCCUGCGAGGACUAAGCUACAAAGCACCCCCGCUUAGCGCCAGACGUCGUUUCCUUUCCCAUACGUCAUCCGUCCACGGCCUGCAGCCCGACAUGUCGCAACACAGCGCCGAACGCGUGGUUGACGAAGACCAGCGUCCACCGAUGCCCCGUCCGCUGCUGGCCUCCCUGAUCGGCAGCUGGGUCGGAACGCUGUGCAUGGGCACCGUGCUGGGCUACUCGUCUCCCGCCAAGCACAGCCUGGAGCAUACCUUCAACGACGGGCUGCACGGGUUCGACCUCAGUGUCAACGACUGGUACGACGCCCUGAUGACCAUUGGUGCCGUUCUUGGUGCAGUGGUGAGUGGCAGUGUGGCGCAGGCGCUGGGCCGCAAGACCAUGCUGACGGUCAUCUCCCUCGGCUUCAUGUGUGGAUGGACGGUGACGUACCUGUCGCGUGGAAACACUGUCCACAUCUACUCGGGUCGCUUCGUCACUGGCUUCUCUAUGGGCCUUGUAUCGCUCGUGGCACCUUGUUACGUCGCCGAGAUCACGCUGCCCCACAACCGCGGCACCAUGGGUGGCAUGCUGCAGAUGACCAUAACAGUGGGCAUCAUGUAUGCCUACCUGCUGGGCCGCUUUCUCACCUGGGAUUAUCUCGCCCUGGCCUGCAUGGUACCGGCAGCCCUGCUCUGCGUCUGCUCUAUGUUCUGCGUGGAGUCGCCGCGCUGGCACCUGCUGUCGGGUAGGAAGGCCGAAGGGCUCGAGUGCCUACUUCAAAUUCGAGGAGCCCGAGCCGAAGAGGAGUGCAUGGCCAUCGAGAUGGUGUACGUGACAGCGCCACUGCCGCCGUCGCACGCACUGCUGGCCGCGCAAGUCAACUUCCUGCAGCAGUUCUCAGGAAUCAACAUGAUCAUCUUCUACACGUUCCACCUGUUCGCCGACGCCGGGUUGCGAAUUAAGGAAGCGGACUGCUCCAUUCUCAUUGCCACUCUGCAGGUUUUCGCCACCAUGGUAGCUGUCGCUUUGAUGGACAUGGUGAGCCGGAGGCGUCUGCUGCUUGUGUCAUCGCACAUGUGCGUCUUCGCGCUGAUAGCAAUGGGGGCCGUGUCGCACGCACGCUCGGAGGGCGAAGACCGCGAACGCGAUGUGCUCGACCGGGUACCGGUGCUCCUCGUUGCCUUUUACAUGGUCGGCUUUUCGGUGGGCCUGGGCCCCGUCGUGUGGCUGCUGAACGCCGAGCUGGUGCCGUGUCGCGGCAGCGGCAGCCUGCUCGCCCUGGUGACCGCGUUCAACUGGGCCUGCGCCGCCGGCGUGACCGCCUUCUUCGAGCAGGUGCGCGACACGCUGCGCCUCUCCGGGCUGGGCUUCUUCUUCAGCGGCAUCACGUUCGUCGGCGCCAUCCUCGUCACGUUCCUUCUCCCGGAGACCGGCCGAAUCACGCUCGAAGAGCUGCUCCAGGAGAACCUCUUCUACGCCGUCGAGGCGCAGCCGCAGGCCGGCCACAAGAGCGGCAAGCGGUGAACGCCGCUGUGGCGGCGCCUCGGGGCUCCUGAAGAUCGCCCACACUAAAUAUAUCGCGCGCGCGUUUUUUUUUUUAGUAUACUUGUAAAUGCACGCGCGAGUCAAAUUUUUGCAUAACGUGAUACAUUACUCGAUAAAUACCUCAUCUCAUAUAUCCACGCCAGUGCAGUCUUUUUUUUUUUCACUAUAUGCAAAUUUAUUAUACGGUUUAAUAUUGGUCGGAAUAAACUAGGAAACCAAAAUGAUACAAAAUUUGCUUCUAAUAUUUAGAAGGCAGUCUGUAUUGAACUGUGUACAUACCAUGCGUACUAUUAUUUUCACCAGAGAUAUUAUUGCUUCUAAACUACACUAGAAUUAAGACAUUGUAUUACCUGCCUUAUUCUCAUUUAUUGUUUUGAAGAGGAUUGUUUGUAUGCAUAGUACUGCCCACAUGCCUUGAUUUCACCUAGAACUGGCACUAGUGAAAACAAGUAUAAACUAUAACGUGCUAUUGCCUAUAACUCGUAACAAGUGUGGGCAACAGGCUCGUGGGUUUGCGGUUUGAAAGCUGCGGAAGUCGCUCCUUUUGGUAAUAAACGCGUGUAAUCUCUUUC